UUGGGGAGAGCUGCACAGAUUCCGUCUACGGAGAAGCAGGGGAUGUGAAACGGGUGAAAACAUGACUCAAAUUCGCCCCUGUGAAUGUUUCCAUCUCCAGGGAAUAAAGUAAAAGCCUCCAGUUCGGAGAAAGACAAAUGUAGGACAUAAAAGCAAGAAGAGACGGAAGGAGAGGCCCGUCAGGUGGAUCCGGAUUGGUGUCUUUUGUUUACUUUCAGCCAGCUCCGCUUUCUUCUCCCGAAGUUGUCCGUGAGUUUACCUGCGUGUGAUUACCUAAGCGGCAGACCUGUUCGUGGAUUGUGGGAUUGUUUGGUGAACCGGGGACAGCCUGGGACUUCUGACUGACAGCAGCUCGUGGUGACCGACUCGCGGGGGCAGACCCCCACAGAUUGGAUCUAAACUUUUUUACUUCCUUUUUUUCUUUUCCCAGACGUUUAUCUCUAAGCAGGAGACACUGACUGCUGGUGUGCGUCACCUGUGGGCUCGUGAGUGUGGAAACUCAGUCAGAGGAACUUUGUGCGCGUGCCUGUGGCAUCAACAAGUUGCUUCGGAUUGAUUUGUUUACAUGUGUUUAUGCAGCUGUUUGCUAUAGAGACUCCUGCUGUGGCUUCUGGAGAUUAUCUUACCCUACCGCGUCAAGGCGUGAGUGGGAUCGGACACGUCCACGGGCUCCGUGGACCUGUGGUGGAGCGGGUUCUGUGAAAUUCCCACCCGGAUUAAUCAGUGAUAACAUUUCUGCGCAGUGGUCCAGCCACCAGGCCCCCAGAAAGCCUCAGUAGUUGGAGCUAUUUUUAGUGUGAGGGAUGGGGUAAAAGCAGGCAGCUGGAAACCUGACUCCCCCUCACCUUCUUCUCCUCCCUGCAGCCACUGCACCUCCUGCUCAGCCCACCUGGCAGCAUGCUGGGUGAGCCCAGCAAAGUCCAUGUGUCCUGCAAGUAAUCUGGAUAAAUUAUAAACACACGGAUUGUUAUUGUGGUUGAAUGAUCCAAACAUUUGUAGAAACUGAACUGAACAUGUAGCCUGUCCCAUCGUUGAAGGCCUGUUGGUGAUCAGGACAACGUGAUGAGUAAAUUAGCAGCUGUUUUGGUUCAGACUUUUCUUUUAGUGAAUUAAUAGUAGAGUCUAUGUCAUUAUUCAUGCACAGUUUCUUUAUCUAGAUUAAAGGAAAACUUCCUGUUUUGACUACCUGAAAGAUCUGUCACCAGCCCACAGAUACCAUGCAUGAAACUGCCAAGUCCAACGCAAGCAAAAGCUAACCUGACAAACCAAAUAUUCUAUUUCCUCCCCGUCCCCAUGUUAACAGAGAAACAGAAUAUUUAUGUAGAGUAAGAGAUCUAUAUCUGUAGUGUAAGUCCACGUAAGACAGAGAUUACAUCUCCCUUUAUAUUUGUAUGUCAGAGAGACAAGCUGCCUGUACACCCAUUGGUUGCCUUAGAAACCAGUCACAACGAACUGAGCCAGAGAAGAAGGUGCCUUUUGAUUGGUUGGUCAGUUUCCCACCAUUUCAAGCUUUGUUUCUUCAGUUGGAUGUAAAAGUUGAAGUGAACUCUGCGACUGAACGUUGCCCCGCUAAGCUGUCAAAGCAGUGUGACUGACUCUUGAUUUCCCUGCUGGAGUCAACGCUAACCAAGCUUUUCCAUGGUUGUCACAUCCUCAUCAGUGGAUGACAAGACUGUGCCCUCCUGCAGGAUGGUCCAAUCAGAGGCUUGGAUCACUCCAGCACUGCUUCGCAAGAACAAGAGUGUAAGCAGCUCAGGAUGUCCGCCCACCUCCUCCUCCUCCUUCUCCUCCUCCUCCUCCUCCUCCUCCUCCACUGCCCAGGGCUUCUCCCUCGCUGAGCCAGCCAUGACCAGCCAGCACACACAUACACACCCCUCCUUCAGCUCCAUCCACUCCAUGGCCGAGCAGCAGCAGGUGCUGUCUGAUAUGACCAUACUUCAGCGGAGGAUCCCCCCCAGUUUCAGAGACCCUGCCAGCGCCCCACUGAGGAAACUCUCUGUUGACCUCAUCAAAACUUACAAGCACAUCAAUGAGGUGUACUAUACCAAGAAGAAGCGACGAGCCCAGCAGGUUCCUCCUGAAGAUAGCAGCACCAAGAAGGAGAGGAAGGUUUACAAUGACGGCUAUGACGAUGACAACUACGAUUACAUCGUCAAAAAUGGAGAAAAGUGGCUGGACCGCUAUGAGAUAGACUCGCUUAUUGGGAAGGGCUCCUUUGGACAGGUGGUGAAGGCCUACGACCACCAUGAGCAGGAGUGGGUGGCCAUUAAAAUUAUAAAGAACAAAAAGGCAUUUUUAAACCAGGCCCAGAUUGAAUUACGCCUGCUGGAGCUCAUGAACAAGCAUGAUACUGAGAUGAAAUAUUACAUAGUCCACCUGAAGCGUCACUUUAUGUUUAGGAACCACCUCUGUUUGGUGUUUGAGUUGUUGAGCUACAACCUGUACGAUCUGCUGAGGAACACCAACUUCAGAGGAGUUUCCCUCAACCUCACCAGGAAGUUUGCACAGCAGCUCUGUACAGCAUUAUUAUUCCUGGCCACUCCAGAGCUGUCAAUCAUCCACUGCGACCUGAAACCAGAGAACAUCCUACUCUGUAACCCUAAAAGAUCUGCCAUCAAGAUAGUGGACUUUGGAUCCUCCUGCCAGCUCGGACAGAGGAUCUAUCAGUACAUACAGAGCAGAUUUUACCGCUCUCCGGAGGUUCUUCUGGGAAUGCCGUACGACCUGGCCAUCGACAUGUGGUCUCUGGGCUGCAUCCUGGUAGAGAUGCACACGGGGGAGCCUCUCUUCAGUGGCUCCAAUGAGGUGGACCAGAUGAAUAAGAUUGUGGAGGUUCUGGGAGUUCCACCCAGUCACAUGCUGGAUGCUGCUCCUAAAGCCAGAAAGUAUUUUGACAAGCUGUCAGAUGGUCUUUGGACAGUGAAGAAGAACAAGGACGUCAAGAAGGAGUAUAAGCCCCCAGCCACACGACGUCUUCAUGAGAUUUUGGGUGUAGAGACUGGGGGUCCUGGGGGCCGGAGGGCAGGAGAGCCAGGACACGCCCCCUGUGACUACCUGAAGUUUAAAGACCUGAUCCUGCGCAUGCUGGACUACGACCCGAAGAGCCGAAUCACUCCAUUCUAUGCCCUGCAGCACAAUUUCUUCAAGAAGACGACAGAUGAAGGAACCAACACCAGUUCAUCUACAUCCACCUCUCCUGCCAUGGACCACUCCCAUUCAACCUCCACGACUAGCUCGGUCUCUAGCUCCGGUGGCUCCAGUGGUUCUUCCAACGACAACCGUAACUACCGUUACAGUAACCGCUACUACAACUCUGCUGUUACCCAUUCAGACUAUGAGAUGACCAGUCCUCAGGCUCCAUCCCAACAGCAGAUGAGGAUGUGGCCAGGCAGUGAAGGUGGAGGUGGGGGUCAGGACCCAGCAUACACCCAGUUGCUGCUCCACAAGCCAGCUGCCACCCAACAACACCAGCGCCACUUUUUGGACCCGCCCCACCACCCCCACCCGACAUACUCCCACCACGGGAAUGGUGGGCGUGGACUGAGGCAGGGCGGACAGACAGGCAUGGGUGGAGGCGGAGGUCAGCAGGGGUCCUCGCCCCAGAUGAGUGACAGCAUGGAUGUGGGCGUGUCCCUCGGGCUGCACCACCUGGGGGCGGUGUCUUCCAUGGAGGCCUCUCAAUUUGGCUCUGCAUCUCUGCCCCUCGCUCUGCCAAUCGGACUGUCUGCCUUCCGGACUCGGACGGCCCCUACCGCCCCAGGGCCACAAGCCCCGCCCCCUGAGGACUACUACCCUGCCUCCAACAACAAUAACCCCGCUGCAGGGGGCAGAGGCAGGCCAGACUCAGACGAGGGGCCAGCCAACUCUUGAUAAAACCUGAACCACGCCCUAAAGCCAUACGAUUUUAACUCCAACUACUACAGAUCCACACAUACAGCCAGAGGUCAGAGACAAGGAGGAGAAUUCAGAGCUGGAGGAGAUGCUUUGUUCUGCAUGAGAGGAGGCGAAGGAGGAGGAGGAGGAGGAUGCUGGGAAAAACUCUCCUUUUAUCCUGUACUAGUUUGUUGUCGUUGUUGCGACUGUAAUUGGAAGGAAUGAUUGACGAGUUUGUUUUUAUUAAUAUUGUUGAUUAAUAUGAUUUGAUUUUUCUGGGGUUUGAGGAGUUGCGUGUUCUGUUGUUUGUAUCCGGAGAGGAAGAGGAGGAUGAGGAGGUGGGAGAGACUGUGGCUCAUGCUGUACAUCAGCUCCACCGAACAUCAGGUCAGGUGUGUGCGUGUGCCGCGUCCAGACUCCACCCACCAUGUGACUGAGGCUUCGCAGGUGACCAUGACGACGACGUCUCCUCUUCUUCCUCGUUCUUCUUCUUCUCUUGUUGUGUUUCUCCUCCAGACAGCUCCUCCUCUCUGUGCUGCUAAUCACCAUGACAACUGGUCCGGAUUGCUGCUAAAGAUCCAACACAGAUCAAUAAAGAAUAAAAACAAAUAGAAACAGAAAUGAAAAACUUUUUAACCCUUGUGCUUAAGAGAAAAGGAUAAAGUAAGAACCACUGCAUCUCAAUGUAUUUAUUACUAUUUAACAAAAAAAAACAAACUGAAAGUAACAAUUUUUUCUGCUCUUCUUUGUUUGGUUGCCUUCUUUCUGCAGGUGAGCUCUGAUUGGCUAUUGUAACAGUGUAACUGGUGACAUCAUGGGAAUGCCACUGGUUGUGGGGACUGGGUGGAGGGGAAGGGUUGGGGCAAAAUAAAGUUGGAUAUAUAAUAAGAAUAAAGAGUAUACUUUUGCAC